AUGCCUCGAAAAGAUUUCCGAAAUGACCUCAACCAAGCCACGGCUCCUCACCUUUUCCCUCACCUAGGCCGUGUUCGAGCCGGCGAUGAUGAUGAGUCCAUCCUUUUCACGUUCACAUCUUCCCACAUGCAAGUCGACUUUCAAGUCAUUGUAUCCGACUCCCACGAUUACCCGCGCGACCACAGCUAUUUCGUCUUUUCGACAUCCGAUAAUGUCAGCGAAUCGGUGAUGGACUCCUUGACCCGCGCGGACUUUACGGGCUCGUCGGUCCAGCAUAUGCUGCGCCGUAUUGACGACAUCGUUGACCAUCUGAUCCACAAUCGCGAUCCGCAGGAUAUUGCGAUGCCAGAUGAUCCCGACCGCCAGGAUGGCAUUGAGGAAGCCUUAGAGGAGGACGACGAAUAUGAGUCCGACGCUGAUUUCGACCCCGACUUUUCCCUUCUGGUCCGAGACAAGACGGAAGUGCGAACCACACUACGCCGAGAUCUCCAGGCAGCAAAAGCCGCUGGAUUCAGAGUGGGAUGCCUGGAUGAUAUCACCGGCUGCGUGAUCGUCUCCGUGUCUUGCCGCAUUGCUCACCUCGAACUCUCGGAGGAGGUCAUGCAGACCUGGGAUGUGCACACCUCCGAAUAUCUGGUCAUGCUCAUCCGUUAUCCGUCGCGAUACAUGAAUCUGAAAAGAAUCCUCGACGACGGAGCCAAUGCCAAGAGUUAUCUUGUUCAAAUCCAUGUCGGGCUUUGCAACUCCUACAAACCAUCGCUCGAGCAUGCGAGGAAGGCCUUUCAGGCCACAACGACCACCGGCCACGAAGGGCCGCAAACAAACAGCAAAGAGGUAAGCCAUGGCAUGCGGAGCCUUUUCAUUGGCGGAGCGCUCAAGAGUCUUCUCAACGAUCGAUUUCUGGAGAUUGUGCGGCUUCGUCUGAAAUAUGGCUAUUCAUGGACUGGGGCCGAAGUAUCUUUCCAACGGAGUCAAGGCAAGAUCCUCGAUGACACAGACACGGCAUCGGAUGCAGACUAUGAGGAAGAAACGUGGGCCGCUUCCGCUCCCACCUUCCUCGCCGCUGACCAUAUGGUAAAUGCCGAUCCUGAUGGCUCAACGCUCUCACUACCACUGCUCGCAAUGCAGUUCGCACUCCGUCACUUUGUCAAGUGCACAGAGUUCUGCCUUGUUUGCCAUUGCAAAACAAGAGAUAAUUUUGAAGCCCUCAAACCCUAUGUCUGCUCAAAUGGUCUCUGUCUCUACCAGUACAUGACACUGGGCAUGGGACCAAAUCUAGAGCAUGAGGUUCGCUCUCAACCCUACGUCGUUGAUAUGCUUGUCAGUUUGACCUACGCUAGAGCUUCAUCGGGCAAACUUGGAGAUUUCCCGACUGGGCUAGGGCUUCGUGUUCCCGUGUCGGACUGCAUCAGAACCCAGGCCUCAGACCCCAAUCUCACCACGCAAAACCAAUCGCCACCUGCCGGUCAAUACACUGCUCGCUUUGAUGCCGCUCAACAGGAGCUUCUUCCGGAUAAAAAGGUUCCUCUCAAAAUCGGCGAUUGGAUUGCUAUGAUCUUUCCAGGAGCGAAAACCGAAGGUGAUUCCUCAGCCGUUUGGCAUGGUCGGGUUGAGCGCCUUGGUGAAUCCUCCCGUCACAUCUAUCUAUCAACCCCCAUUUCAUCCGGAGUACAGUUGUCGCCCAAGGAUCCCUCGCACCGGUCAGCUGGGGAGUCUGUGUUCUUCUUCGUCUACGACCAGAAUUUUGAUGACUUGAGCCCUCGCGAAAAGCAAAAGACAAUCCAGAUCGUUCUUGACACCCUUCCUGAUGUCGACCAGAUGAAAACCUUCCUCGGUCCCGACAGCAAUGGUCGGCUCCUCUCGUCAUGGACAGGGGUGAUCUCCCCGGCCGCAUUGGGCCUCUUGCGUUGGAUCGUCUCAUCCAACCGGUCGUACAUCAUGCAGGACAAUGACCGUCCUGAGCAUCUCGUGUCGGGAAUGGGUGGGUUUGUUCAGUUUCGACUUGCCCAAGGUGCCCCAGACAAGGAGCAACGCUUCAUCCAUGCUGUCGAUACAGUUUCUCUAAAGGCAAACCCCCAAUAUCCGACCCUUUUCGCGUGGCAUGGCAGUCCCCUGUUCAACUGGCACAGCAUCUUGCGUGAGGGACUGAAUUUCGACACGAUUGCGAACGGUCGAGCUUUCGGCGACGGCGUUUACCUAUCCCGAGAUUUCAAUACUUCAAAUGGUUAUUGUCAGCGGCAUGGCCCGGACGGCAUGUGGCCUGGGAGCAAACUGAAGAUCUAUGCGGUCAUCUCACUUAACGAGGUGGUCAACGCUCCUCAGAAAUUCAGAUGUACCAACCCCCAUUACGUGGUGAAUUGUCUGGACUGGAUCCAGCCCAGAUACCUCUUUGUUAAAUGUAGAGCCGAAUCCGGCCUUCAAACUGUGUCACAGGUGGCACCCUCCCAAAUCUAUGUGCAGGACCCAAAGUACCAGGCGAUGGAUCCAGGCCACAAGGCAGUUGUUAUCCCUCUUUCCAUCCUGGGCAAACGAGGCCAGCCCAGCCAUCUUACGCGACACACAAAGAAUGCGAAGACGAAAAGAAGCUCACCGGAUCGCGCAGGAAGAAAAAGGCUGAGGCCGUCUUCGUCAAGCCAGUCCGCUGUGCUGAAUCUGGAAGGUAGGCUGGACGAUGAUGCUAGCGUCGCAACCGCAUCUGAUGACGAGCGCAUUCUCCUUUCCGAACUCGAGGACUGCAUAACAGAUAGCGAUACGAGGAGUGGUUUGAAGGUUGAUGUCCACCCUGCACAUGAUCAUGAUAUCAGGACCGACUUUGUUCCAGGGACACUCAGGGGCGAAUCUUUGUCGCUUCUUUCCGUGCCCGAAUAUGCCACCUCUUCGGCCACCAAGGUUCUGCAACAGCAUGUCCGGGCCACUUUGAAGGUCCAAAAGCUAGAGCCUCUCCAUGAACUCGGAUGGUACGUCGACCCCAAUUUGAUCUCCACGGUGUAUCAAUGGAUAGUGGAACUACACUCAUUUGAUCCCGCUCUCCCCUUGGCAAAGGACCUGAAAAUCCUGGGCUUAAAAAGCAUUGUCCUGGAACUUCGAUUCCCUCCGCAAUUCCCGAUGGCCCCUCCAUUUGCCCGGGUGAUCCGCCCACGCUUUCGAGAAUUUGCUGCGGGAGGCGGUGGGCAUGUUACGGCUGGGGGAGCCAUGUGUAUGGAGCUACUGACUGAUUCUGGCUGGCUGCCAACGGCCUCCAUUGAAAGUGUACUACUGCAGGUGCGCAUGGCAAUGACCAAUCUGGAACCCUUCCCGGCACGCUUAGCUCCAGGUCCGCCGCAGGAUUACAAGGUCGGUGAAGCUAUUGAGGCCUAUCAAAGAGCGUGCUUGAGACAUGGUUGGCGGGUUCCUGAGGGGAUCCAGCGACUUUCUUGGGGUUGA